GGACGUAAGGAUGAAUUUUCUGCUGAUGGUGUACCGCAGCCACUGAUUCGUCGAGUACAACGCGGAAGCUUCUAUGACAAUGUGCCAUCACCCGUACCAGUUCACGUUGAUUCAAGAGAAAUGCCUGCUGCCUCACAGAAUAUUUCUGUUGAUGAACAGCAGCGCUUCAUGGGAAGCACAAUUUACGAUGCUCGAUCUGGUGGAGGCGCACUGGAAAUGCAUCGUCAGCUUGGUGAUGGUGGUCCCGCAACAGCAGAAAUUAGGCGAGAACGACGGACCACUCAGAUUGAAACGCAGGUGGUUCAGCUACCUAAUAACAUUACUUGUGUGAGGGUUGGAGACAAUCUAGACGGCAUGCCACCAAUUCGGCAACAGUACUAUGACAUCCCGGUGAGGUAA